GCUUUAAGGCUGACAUAGGGUGAGUGUCUUGUCAGUACUUAUUCUCGUGACCAUGACGUCAGCCCUGACAUCCUACAAUGUCCCAUGAUCAUGACGUCGACUUUUGGGACCAUUUGACGGGAUUCCAGUAGUGGCGGAAUAACAGCCCACAUCAUGGAUAUGUCAUUACGCAGUGCCAUGGUAUAAAAUGGGUGACUUCAACAACCAAGUUCCCACUGCUCCCCAAGACAGGUCAAUCUAGUGACUUUUAACAUUUAACGACAUCACCAUGGACACAGACAGAAACACCAACCUACCAAACACCGGGUCGAACGACCCAAUGGGCACGCGCGCCUCCGGGUUCAACACGUCGACGCAGCAGCCCGGGAUGGCCAACACGGGCGGCGGGCUGCACGACAGCACGACCGCGGGGGCCGGCACCGCGGGGAGCAGCAGCGGUGGCGCGCCCGGGGAUGCGUACGGCAGGAGCGGCGGGGCCAGCGCGGGCGCGAGCGUCGGCGAGAAGGUCAAGGGGAUUUUCGCACAGGGGCAUGGUGCCGGAGAGAGCUUGCGUGGGAAUAUCAACGCUGCUAUUGAUAGUUUGGCCGGGGACAAGGAGAAUCAGGUUAGGGAUGAGGACAUCGCGAGGGGGGGAAUAAGGGAGAUGGACAAUCGCGAGUUUGAGAGGAAGGGGGAGUGGGACAAGACGAUUAACCCUAGAUCGAAUCGGAGAGACUAAGGAAGGGAAUACCGGGGAGCAGCAGUUCACUACGCAUAAUAUAAAACAU